AUGGAAACGCAGAUCCAUGUGCCAGUAGGUUCGCCAAUUAUACGGAAGAUUCCAAUUUUUGUAGAGGAGCACAAUGUGACAGAAGGCGCAAUGAAGCUCAUUAAAGAGUUAAGACCGACGUGGGACACGAACAACGUCAAGACGAAGUUCUUCACUGAUGGUACAACCAACAAACUUGUGGGCUGCUAUGUGGAGGAUUGUCCAGAAGAUGUAGUCUUGGUAAGAGUUUAUGGGCACAAGACCGAGCUUAUUGUGGACAGAGACAACGAGGUUAAAAGCUUUCAGGUGCUACAUGCUAAUGGUUGUGCUCCCCGUCUUUACUGCACUUUUCAAAAUGGCAUAUGUUACGAAUACAUUCAAGGGGAUGCUCUUGGGACUGAAGACGUGAGGGAUCCUCGUUUGCUCAGACUGAUAGCUGGAGAGAUGGCUCGUAUCCACGCCAUUCAUGCACAUAACGGAUGCGUCCCAAAACCCAACCUCUGGAUUAAGAUGCAAAAAUACUUCUCCCUUGUGGCUACAGAGUUAACAGAGCAAGCUUCAAACAUCAGAAUCCAAAAAGAAGUGCCGAGCAAGGACGUGCUGGAGCAGGAGAUGGUAUGGAUGAAGGAGCAUCUCUCCAUGCUGGGUUCACCUGUGGUACUCUGCCACAAUGACCUUCUCUGCAAAAAUAUAAUACAUAACAGCAAAGAAGCUCAUGUUCGCUUCAUAGACUAUGAAUACUCCAGCUACAACUACCAGGCUUUCGACAUUGGCAACCACUUCAAUGAAUUUGCAGGUUUGGCAGAGCUAGACUAUGGGCUGUACCCAAGUCGGGAGAUGCAGCUGGACUGGCUCAGAUUCUACCUGCAAGCUUAUAAACUUUUCACCAAGAAAACGGAAGAGGUCAGCGAUACGGAACUACAGACCCUCUAUGUCCAAGUCAACAAGUUUGCGCUAGCUUCACACUUCUUUUGGGGUUUCUGGGCCCUCAUUCAGGCUAGAUACUCCUCCAUUGAUUUUGACUUCCUUGGGUAUGCUGUGUUACGUUUCAACCAAUACUUCAAGAUAAAGCCCACAGUGAUGGCCUUGCAGAUUCCAGAAUGA